AUGUCGAAACACGAUGUCGUUCUCUUAGAUUUCUGGGUUAGCCCAUUCUGCAUUCGGGUCAAAAUGGCAUUGGCCGAGAAAGGUGUGGCCUAUGUAAAUCAAGAGGAAGACCUGCAUCUGGGCAAGAGUCGGUCACUGAUCAGAUCAAACCCAGUUUACCAGAAAGUGCCUGUGCUGUUACACAAUGGCAAACCCAUUUGUGAGUCCACUAACAUAGUCUACUACAUUGACGAGACUUGGCCUUCACCACCCUUGCUCCCAUCUUGUCCAUAUGCAAGGUCCCGGGCUCGAUUCUGGGCCAACUUCAUCGACAAAAAGGUAUUUGAAGCGUCUAGCAAAAUAUGGAUGAGCAAAAAAGAAGAGAAAGACGUCGCGAACAAAGAGUUUAUUGAGAUUUUGAAGGUACUAGAGGGAGCUUUGGGGGAGAAAGAUUAUUUUGGUGGUGAUAACUUUGGAUUUGUGGACAUCAUAGCCAUCUCUGUGGCCUCUAGGUUCUGUACCUAUGAAAAAUUCGGGGGAUUUAAGGUUGAGGAUCACUGUCCCAAAUUUGCAGCUUGGAUGAAGAGAUGCAUGGAGAGAGAAUCUGUUUCCAAAGUUCUUCCAUGUCCAGAAGAUGUUCAUGAGUUCCUCAUCAUGCUCAGGAUGAUGCAUGGCAUUGAGUAG